CUCUCGGCCUGCCGCAGAUUGCCGGCUGCGCGACUGAAGGACGGGGACGGGAUACCGGCCGCUGUUGUACAGUGGCUCUGCCGGAUCCGUGCCGGUCCCUCUGUGAGGGCCGCGCCCUGGGGGACGACUGUCGCCGGGCCGCCCUGUACCUCCUGCGCUGCGCCACCUGGCAGGGCGUCAGGCGACCCCCGGCCGUCACGGGGACACACGUCACCAAUGUGACGGAUGAUUCGGUGACACUGGUGUGGCAGCGGCAGAACAGCACCGACCAGUACCAGGUCUUCUACGGAAAACUGAACUCGACUGAAGCUGUCUUCCACUGGCAAAACCGACUUGACCAGGUGAUGGACGUCACUGGCACAACGCAGGCCCAAGUGGCGGUGGCUAGAGACGCCCUGUACGGGUUCUCUGUGUCCUAUGUGGACGCAAAUGGAACGCGGGCGCACUGGGGGUCGACCCUGCUGGUCAACGGGUCAGCUGGGUCUGGGCUCCCCAAGCUGUCGCCUCCCCACGGAGUGACAAUCAGAGGAGUAUCAGAACAUGGCCUGGACGUCACCUGGGAACCGCCAGCUGAUACGACCGGAGGCGUGAGUGUACGCUACAGGCUCUAUUAUCAGGCUGAGGGUGAGCCAGCACCAAGAGUUGUGCACUUGACGGAUACGAGCCACAACCUCACGGGACUGGACGGUGGCACGGUGUACAGGUAA